AUGGAACAUCGUCAACAACAACAAAAUUUAUCUCUUAUAUCUCCAUCGGAAAACAUUUCAAUGUAUCAUCGAUUGAAUUUUGAAUUCGCUCAAUUAAAAUUUCAAAAUCAUCAACAAAGUAAUAUUAAUAAUACUUCGUCUCAACUUAUUUCACGAGAAGAACACGAUUCUUUUGGAUCUACGUCACCUAGCUCUCAACAUCAUCAUCAUCAAAAUUAUAUUUUACCUUCAAAAAUGUCUUCAUCUUAUUCAUCUCAUCCACCUCGUUAUGAUGAAUAUUCGGCUGCGCCACAACUUUCUUCUUGUUCUUCCUCUUCUUCUUCCUCUUCUUCCUCUUCUUCUUCAAAUUAUUCUUCAUAUUUUCAAUUAAAUUCACAAUCAAAUUUGUCAUCAUCUUUGAUUCAAACUCCACAAGAUAUUGUAUUAUACCCUGAUGGUUCUCAACAACAUCAUUAUUUACCAAUGUUUCCUUCUACUUCUUCAAACACAACGAGUCCUACCGUUGCAACUUCUACUUCACUUCAUCAACUUCAACCUUCUGUAUCUCUUUCUAAUGAUAAAUCUUUUCAAAAAUCUUCUGGUCCCACUCCUCCUUUAACCCCUCCUGGUUAUUAUCGUACUAUGAAAAAGAGAUCUACUUUACUUGUAAAAAAAUCUGACGGUGUUAUAGUAAGUUUGUUGAAUGAUGAUGAUGAUUCCUCUUCCUCCGUGAAUUUACAAGAUUCUUUUACUGAAAGAAAACUUUCAAUCUCCGAUGAUACUUUUGUACAACGUAAAAAACAAAAUAAUCCUUCCACAACAAAUUCUGUAUCUGGUAAUAAACGUAAAUAUAUUUGUACUUUCCCUAAUUGUGGAAAAGGUUUUACUACAAGUGGACAUUUGGCUAGACAUAAUAGAAUACAUACGGGUGAAAAGAAUUUCCAAUGUUUAAUGCCCGGAUGUACAUCAAAAUUUUCAAGACAAGAUAAUAUGAUGCAACAUUAUCGUACUCACUUAUCUGUAAAAAGUCGUAGGGGUUCAAAAUCUGUUAAUCAUCAAUCCACUCAUAAUACUCCAAUUUUACAAGAACCUUACUCAAAAAGAGUCAAACGAAUAUCUAAUAAUAAUUGUUCGGAACGUGUUGAAGGACAAUAUAUUAAUAAUCAUAAUAAUAAUAAUAAUAAUGUUAAUAAUAAUAAUAAUAAUAUCACUUGUAAUACAAAUCUUACUUUAAUGUUACCUCCGACACCUUUAACCACUCCAACUUCAACAUCUGUUGGUGGUUAUAAUUUUAUUUCGGAUGGAAAUAAUACUUCUUUACCUCCUGUACGUUCAAUAAUUUCUGAAUCUGAACAAGUGGUGUUACCUCCAAUUCGUACUUUGGCUCCUCCGAUAUUGUCACCUCAAUCAAUGAAAUUACCUUUACCUUCUUCUUAUAAUUUUCAACGUCAUGUUGAAUUAGACAAUAGUUCACAUUUAAUGAGAAGUGGUCAACAACAACGAACCGAAUUUCAACCAACGAAUAAUUAUGUUAGUAUAACAGCGAGUUUUAUAUUUAUCAAUCCAAAUAAUCCAAUGGAAAAAAAAACAAUUCUAGAUAUUCUAGAUAAAAAUUCAAAAAAUUCUACACAAAAAAUAGAAUGUUUUUUUUUUGCUCAUCAUUGUCAAGCAAUUUCACGAUGCAGAUUCUUUCAAUCAGAAAAAGAUCCGGAUUAA